AUAGCCAUGGCCAUUCUCCCACCAUUUUCAUCACCAAACUACACGAAGACAAAAUUAAAUACAAUAAUACUAAUUGUAAAAUCAUCGUCACAAAUAUGGCCUCUCCAACCAGCUUUGCUUUCCCUUACUUCUCUCCACCGCCGCCAUUCCACCCCAUCCACCCACCGCCGCCACCUCCCCACGUCAUCACUCCUCCACCUCCGCCGCCGCACGUGUUCCCAUCACCUCCCCCUCCUCCACCGCACGUGCGUCCACCACCACCUCCACACAUGCUCCCUCCACCGCCACCACACGUGCACCCGCCGCCACCACCACACGUUCUCCCUCCUCCUCCGCCGUCCCCCGACAACCAUUCCACCGUGAUCAUCAUCGUUGUUUUCGCCUCGUUCGGUGGCCUCCUCUUUCUGGCGGGGCUCGCCGCCGUGGUGUUCUGCUGCCUGAGGAAGCUGAAGAAGAAGAAGAAGACGCACGAGGUGGAUGUGAUCCACAUGGACGAGCACGUGAGGGUGAAGGAGGCCAUCGUCCCCGGGCCUCACGGCCCACGUGUGGUGGUGGUGGAGAUCGAGGAGGACUUGCAUAUCGACGAGGUUGUCAGGAAGGACGAGGUUGUUGAGAAUGUCCACGGCGGCGGCGGGCAUCAUCAUCUUCAUGGUUUGCAUGGCAAGUCGGCGGCGGAGGAGGUUGGUGGCGGCGGUGCUAGUUCGGAGAUGGCGGCGGCGGCGGCGGCUUCCUCGGGUGGUGCUACUCGGGAGGUUAAUGAAGAGAAGUCGUGAUAUCAUCAUAAUCGGGAGGUUUCUCAAUAUGAAGCUGACGAAUUAAUUCGUUGUUUGGUUCACUUUGAAUAAGUUGAUUGUAACUGA